AUGGCAUUUUAUCUCACUGAUACCACUGCUGUAAAACCUAUUUUGAUUUUUUUUUCAGACCAACUGAACAGAUUUGCAGGCUUUGGUAUUGGCCUUGCAAGCCUAUUUACAGAAAAUGUGUUGGCACAUCCUUGCAUUGUUCUACGUCGUCAGUGCCAGGUUAACUAUCAUGCUCGGAAUUAUCACCUCACUCCAUUUACUAUUGUCAAUAUUAUGUACAGCAUCAAUAAGACACAGGGUCCAAGAGCUCUCUGGAAAGGAAUGGGCAGCACUUUCAUUGUUCAGGGCAUAACCUUGGGAACAGAAGGAAUCAUCAGUGAAUUUACACCUUUGCCAAGGGAGCUUUCGCAUAAAUGGAACCUCAAGCAGAUAGGUGGACACCUUCUGCUCAAAGGUUUAACACAUGUGGUGGCAAUGCCCUUUUAUUCUGCGAGCCUGAUUGAAACUGUGCAGAGUGAAAUAAUUCGAGAUAAUCCUGGCAUCCUGGACUGUGUGAAAGAAGGAAUCGGCAGAGUGGUAGGCAUGGGAGUACCCCAUAGCAAGCGUCUCCUUCCUCUGAUGGUGUUGACUUUUCCAACUGCUCUACAUGGCGUUCUUCACUACAUCAUCAGUUCCAUCAUCCAGAAGCUUGUUUUGUUUGUUCUGAAACGGGAUAAUUCCCACAACCUUCCACCCGAGAGCUCCACUUCUGUGCAGAGCAUGCUGGAUGCAUAUUUUCCAGAACUUAUUGCUAGUUUUGCUGCUAGCCUCUGUGCUGAUGUCAUGCUUUACCCACUGGAGACAGUUUUACACCGCCUGCAUAUUCAGGGGACACGCACAAUAAUUGACAAUACAGACCUUGGCUAUGAAGUGCUUCCAAUCAAUACGCAGUAUGAGGGAAUGAAAGACUGCAUAAAUACUAUAAAGCGGGAAGAAGGAAUGCUAGGUUUUUAUAAAGGAUUUGGAGCUGUUAUAGUACAGUAUACCUUGCAUGUGGCAGUUUUACAGCUUACCAAAAUUAUUUACUCAACACUGCUUCAAAAUGUUUCUUAGUCUGUUCAGGUGUGGAUUUCACACAGUGGACAUGCUCGACUUACUAAACUAAUCAUUGUUCAAAAUGGCUUAGAAAAUGAAAUUUGAAGAAUCCACUCUGUGGAUUCCUCUUACACUGUAAAACAGCUUGUUUUAAAAAUGGGGAUAUAGCUUCCUAAGUGUAAUUAAAGAAGUACUGUUUAAAGGUAUAGACAC